AUGCCCAGGCUAAACCAGCACUUCUACAGCGGCGUCCCGUCAGCGGCGUCCCGUCAGCGGCGUCCCGUCAGCGGCGUCCCGUCAGCGGCGUCCCGUCAGCGGCGUCCCGUCAGCGGCGUCCCGUCAGCGGCGUCCCGUCAGCGGCGUCCCGUCAGCGGCGUCCCGUCAGCGGCGUCCCGUCAGCGGCGUCCCGUCAGCGGCGUCCCGUCAGCGGCGUCCCGUCAGGGGGACACAGAGGAGCAGGGAGAGUGUGGAGAACAGGAGAUAAUCUUUCCCUGUCCCUGUCCUGUCCCUGCCCUGUCCCUGCCCUGUCCCUGCCCUGUCCUGUCCCUGCCCUGUCCCUGCCCUGUCCCUGUCUCUGUCCCUGUCCCUGUCCCUGUCCCUGUCCCUGCCCUGUCCCUGCCCUGUCCCUGCCCUGUCCCUGCCCUGUCCUUGUUCCUGUCCCUGUCCCUGCCCUGUCCCUGCCCUGUCCCUGCCCUGUCCCUGCCCUGUCCCUGCCCUGUUCCUGUCCCUGUCUCUGUCCCUGUCCCUGUCCCUGUCCCUGCCCUGUCCCUGCCCUGUCCCUGCCCUGUCCCUGCCCUCUCCCUGUCCCUGCCCUGUCCCUGCCCUGUCCUUGUCCCUGCCCUGUCCCUGCCCUGUCCCUGCCCUGUCCCUGUCCCUGCCCUGUCCCUGCCCUGUCCUUGUCCCUGUUCCUGUCCCUUCCCUGUCCCUGCCCUGUCCUUGUCCCUGCCCUGUCCCUGCCCUGUCCCUGUCCUUGUCCCUGCCCUGUCCCUGCCCUGUCCUUGUCCCUGCCCUGUCCCUUCCCUGUCCCUGCCCUGUCCUUGUCCCUGCCCUGCCCUGUCCUGUCCCUGCCCUGUUCCUGUCCUGUCCCUGUCCUUGUCCCUGCCCUGCCCUGUCCUGUCCCUGCCCUGUCCCUGCCCUGUUCCUGUCCUUGUCCCUGCCCUGUCCCUGCCCUGUCCUUGUCCCUGCCCUGUCCCUGCCCUGUCCUUGUUCCUGCCCUGUCCCUGCCCUGCCCUGUCCUGUCCCUGCCCUGUCCCUGCCCUGUACCUGUCCUUGUCCCUGCCCUGUCCCUGCCCUGUCCCUGCCCUGUCCCUGCCCUGUCCUGUCCCUGUCCUGUCCCUGCCCUGUCCUUGCCCUGCCCGGUCCCUGUUCCUGCCCUGUCCCUGCCCUGUCCCUGUCCCUGCCCUGUCCCUGCCCUCUCCCUGUUCCUGCCCUGUCCCUGCCCUGUCCCUGUCCCUUCCCUGUCCCUGCCCUGUCCUUGUCCCUGCCCUGUCCCCUGCCCUGUCCCUGUCCUUGUCCCUGCCCUGUCCCUGCCCUGUCCUUGUCCCUGCCCUGUCCCUUCCCUGUCCCUGCCCUGUCCUUGUCCCUGCCCUGCCCUGUCCUGUCCCUGCCCUGUCCCUGUCCUGUCCCUGUCCUUGUCCCUGCCCUGCCCUGUCCUGUCCCUGCCCUGUUCCUGUCCUGUCCCUGUCCCUGCCCUGCCCUGUCCUGUCCCUGCACUGUUCCUGUCCUGUCCCUGUCCCUGCCCUGUCCCUGCCCUGUCCCUGUCCCUGCCCUGUCCCUGCCCUGUCCCUGCCCUGUCCCUGCCCUGUCCCUGCCCUGUCCCUGCCCUCUCCCUGUUCCUGCCCUGUCCCUGCCCUGUCCCUGUCCCUUCCCUGUCCCUGCCCUGUCCUUGUCCCUGCCCUGUCCCUGCCCUGUCCCUGUCCUUGUCCCUGCCCUGUCCCUGCCCUGUCCUUGUCCCUGCCCUGUCCCUUCCCUGUCCCUGCCCUGUCCUUGUCCCUGCCCUGCCCUGUCCUGUCCCUGCCCUGUUCCUGUCCUGUCCCUGUCCUUGUCCCUGCCCUGCCCUGUCCUGUCCCUGCCCUGUUCCUGUCCUGUCCCUGUCCCUGCCCUGCCCUGUCCUGUCCCUGCCCUGUCCCUGUCCUGUCCCUGUCCCUGCCCUGUCCCUGCCCUGUCCUUGUCCCUGCCCUGUCCCUGCCCUGCCCUGUCCUGUCCCUGCCCUGUUCCUGUCCUGUCCCUGUCCUUGUCCCUGCCCUGCCCUGUCCUGUCCCUGCCCUGUUCCUGUCCUUGUCCCUGCCCUGUCCCUGCCCUGUCCUUGUCCCUGCCCUGUCCCUGCCCUGUCCUUGUUCCUGCCCUGUCCCUGCCCUGCCCUGUCCUGUCCCUGCCCUGUCCCUGCCCUGUACCUGUCCUUGUCCCUGCCCUGUCCCUGCCCUGUCCCUGCCCUGUCCCUGUCCUGUCCUGUCCCUGUCCUGUCCCUGCCCUGUCCUUGCCCUGCCCGGUCCCUGUUCCUGCCCUGUCCCUGCCCUGUCCCUGUCCCUGCCCUGUCCCUGCCCUGUCCCUGCCCUCUCCCUGUCCCUGCCCUGUCCCUGCCCUGUCCCUGUCCCUUCCCUGUCCCUGUCCCUUCCCUGUCCCUGCCCUGUCCUUGUCCCUGCCCUGUCCCUGCCCUGUUCCUGUCCUUGUCCCUGCCCUGUCCCUGCCCUGUCCUUGUCCCUGCCCUGUCCCUUCCCUGUCCCUGCCCUGUCCUUGUCCCUGCCCUGCCCUGUCCUGUCCCUGCCCUGUCCCUGUCCUGUCCCUGUCCUUGUCCCUGCCCUGUCCUGUCCCUGCCCUGUUCCUAUCCUGUCCCUGUCCCUGCCCUGCCCAGUCCUGUCCCUGCCCUGUUCCUGUCCUGUCCCUGUCCCUGCCCUGUCCCUGCCCUGUCCCUGUCCCUGCCCUGUCCCCGCCCUGUCCCUGCCCUGUCCCUGCCCUCUCCCUGUCCCUGCCCUGUCCCUGCCCUGUCCUUGUCCCUGCCCUGUCCCUGCCCUGCCCUGUCCUGUCCCUGCCCUGUUCCUGUCCUUGUCCCUGCCCUGUCCCUGCCCUGUCCUUGUCCCUGCCCUGUCCCUGCCCUGUCCUUGUCCCUGCCCUGUCCCUGCCCUGUCCUGUCCCUGCCCUGUCCCUGCCCUGUCCCUGUCCUUGUCCCUGCCCUGUCCCUGCCCUGUCCCUGCCCUGUCCUGUCCCUGUCCUGUCCCUGCCCUGUCCUUGCCCUGCCCUGUCCCUGUCCCUGUUCCUGCCCUGUCCCUGCCCUGUCCCUGUCCCUGCCCUGUCCCUGCCCUGUCCCUGCCCUGUCCCUGUCCUGUCCCUGUCCCUGCCCUGUCCCUGUCCCUGCCCUGUCCCUGCCCUGUCCCUGCCCUGUCCCUGCCCUCUCCCUGUCCCUGCCCUGUCCCUGCCCUGUCCUUGUCCCUGCCCUGUCCCUGCCCUGCCCUGUCCUGUCCCUGCCCUGUCCCUGCCCUGUCCCUGUCCUUGUCCCUGCCCUGUCCCUGCCCUGUUCCUGUCCUGUCCCUGUCCCUGCCCUGUCCCUGCCCUGUCCCUGCCCUGUCCCUGCCCUGUCCCUGCCCUCUCCCUGUCCCUGCCCUGUCCCUGCCCUGUCCCUGUCCUGUCCCUGUCCCUGCCCUGUCCCUGCCCUGUCCCUGUCCCUGCCCUGUCCCUGCCCUGUCCCUGCCCUGUCCCUGCCCUCUCCCUGUCCCUGCCCUGUCCCUGCCCUGUCCUUGUCCCUGCCCUGUCCCUGCCCUGUCCCUGCCCUGUCCCUGCCCUCUCCCUGUCCCUGCCCUGUCCCUGCCCUGUCCCUGCCCUGUCCCUGCCCUCUCCCUGUCCCUGCCCUGUCCCUGCCCUGUCCUUGUCCCUGCCCUGUCCCUGCCCUGUCCCUGCCCUGUCCCUGUCCCUGCCCUGUCCCUGCCCUGUCCUUGUCCCUGCCCCUGUCCCUUCCCUGUCCCUGCCCUGUCCUUGUCCCUGCCCUGUCCCUGCCCUGUCCCUGUCCUUGUCCCUGCCCUGUCCCUGCCCUGUCCUUGUCCCUGCUCUGUCCCUUCCCUGUCCUUGUCCCUGCCCUGCCCUGUCCUGUCCCUGCCCUGUUCCUGUCCUGUCCCUGUCCUUGUCCCUGCCCUGCCCUGUCCUGUCCCUGCCCUGUCCCUGCCCUGUUCCUGUCCUUGUCCUUGUCCCUGCCCUGUCCCUGCCCUGUCCUUGUCCCUGCCCUGUCCCUGCCCUGUCCUUGUCCCUGCCCUGUCCCUGCCCUGCCCUGUCCUGUCCCUUCCCUGUCCCUGCCCUGUCCCUGUCCUUGUCCCUGCCCUGUCCCUGUCCUGUCCCUGCCCUGUCCCUGUCCUGUCCCUGCCCUGUCCUUGCCCUGCCCUGUCCCUGUUCCUGCCCUGUCCCUGCCCUGUCCCUGUCCCUGCCCUGUUCCUGUCCUGUCCCUGUCCCUGCCCUGCCCUGUCCUGUCCCUGCCCUGUCCCUGUCCUGUCCCUGUCCUGUCCCUGUCCUGUCCCUGUCCUGUCCCUGCCCUGUCCCUGCCCUGUUCCUGUCCUAUCUGCAGUGAAAAGGUGGUAUAUAAAUAAAAACUUACUAACUUACUUACUUACUUGUCCCUGCCCUGUCCUUGCCCUUUCCUUGUCCCUGCCCUGUCCCUGCCUUGUCCUUGUCCCUGCCCUGUCCCUGUCCUGUCCUAUCCUGUCCCUGCCCUGUCCCUGCCCUGUUCCUGUCCUUGUCCCUGCCCUGUCCCUGCCCUGUCCCUGCCCUGUCCCUGCCCUGUCCUGUCCCUGCCCUGUCCUUGCCCUGCCCUGUCCCUGUUCCUGCCCUGUCCCUGCCCUGUCCCUGCCCUGUCCCUGCCCUGUCCCUGUCCUGUCCCUGUCCCUGCCCUGUCCCUGCCCUGUCCCUGUCCCUGUCCUGUCCCUGUCCCUGCCCUGUCCCUGCCCUGUCCCUGUUCCUGCCCUGUCCCUGCCCUCUCCCUGUCCCUGCCCUGUCCCUGCCCUGUCCUUGUCCCUGCCCUGUCCCUGCCCUGCCCUGUCCUGUCCCUGCCCUGUCCUUGUCCCUGCCCUGUCCCUGUCCUGUCCCUGUCCCUGCCCUGUCCCUGCCCUGUCCCUGUCCCUGCCCUGUCCCUGCCCUGUCCCUGCCCUGUCCCUGCCCUGUUCCUGUCCUGUCCCUGUCCCUGCCCUGUCCCUGCCCUGUCCCUGUCCCUGCCCUGUCCCUGCCCUGUCCCUGCCCUGUCCCUGCCCUCUCCCUGUCCCUGCCCUGUCCCUGCCCUGUCCUUGUCCCUGCCCUGUCCCUGCCCUGUCCUGUCCUGUCCCUGCCCUGUCCCUGCCCUCUCCCUGUCCCUGCCCUGUCCCUGCCCUGUCCUUGUCCCUGCCCUGUCCCUGCCCUGUCCCUGCCCUGUACCUGUCCCUGCCCUGUCCCUGCCCUGUCCUUGUCCCUGCACCUGUCCCUUCCCUGUCCCUGCCCUGUCCUUGUCCCUGCCCUGUCCCUGCCCUGUCCCUGUCCUUGUCCCUGCCCUGUCCCUGCCCUGUCCUUGUCCCUGCCCUGUCCCUUCCCUGUCCCUGCCCUGUCCUUGUCCCUGCCCUGCCCUGUCCUGUCCCUGCCCUGUUCCUGUCCUGUCCUUGUCCCUGCCCUGCCCUGUCCUGUCCCUGCCCUGUCCCUGCCCUGUUCCUGUCCUUGUCCCUGCCCUGUCCCUGCCCUGUCCUUGUCCCUGCCCUGUCCCUGCCCUGUCCUUGUCCCUGCCCUGUCCCUGCCCUGCCCUGUCCUGUCCCUGCCCUGUCCCUGCCCUGUCCCUGUCCUUGUCCCUGCCCUGUCCCUGCCCUGUCCCUGUCCUGUCCCUGCCCUGUCCUUGCCCUGCCCUGUCCCUGUUCCUGCCCUGUCCCUGCCCUGUCCCUGCCCUGUCCCUGUCCUGUCCCUGUCCUGUCCCUGUCCCUGCCCUGUCCCUGUCCCUGCCCUGUCCCUGCCCUGUCCCUGCCCUGUCCCUGCCCUGUCGCUGCCCUGUCCCUGCCCUGUCCCUGUCCUGUCCCUGUCCCUGCCCUGUCCCUGCCCUGUCCCUGUUCCUGCCCUGUCCCUGCCCUGUCCUGUCCAAGUCCUUGUCCCUGCCCUGUAUCUGCCCUGUCCUGUCCCUGCCCUGUCCUUGUCCCUGUCCCUGCCCUGUUCCUGUCCUGUCCCUGCCCUGUCCUGUCCAAGUCCUUGUCCUUGCCCUGUAUCUGCCCUGUCCUGUCCCUGCCCUGUCCUUGUCCCUGUCCUGUCCCUGUCCCUGUCCCUGCCCUGUCCUGUCCCUGCCCUGUCCCUGCCCUGUCCUGUCCCUGCCCUGUCCCUGUGUCCUAA